AAAUCCUCUGUUCUGGUUCCAGUGAUCUAGAGGGAAAUCCUCUGUUCUGGCGUCCGUGAAACCCGUGGGGAGGGGGCGUGGCUUCCUUGAGGUCUCGCAUCCGGGCCCCGCACCCCACUCAGGGAAGUCGCCGCCGUCUCCCCUUGCCGAGGUGGAACAGCGGUUGCGGGAGCGGAGCAGCAAGGAAGCGAUGCCGAUGGGAGAGGCGGAGAGCGACACGCUGGCCUGCCUGCCGCUGGGCGUGCUCCUGGCGCCCGUGUUUCGUGAGUUGGAGAACACCGACGCGAUUGCAGUGAAGCCGCUCCGAGAUGCCUUCACAAAGGCCGAGUCUCUCAGCCCGGGGUUGACAGAGGAGCUGGUGCUGGGAGUUCUGCAGAGGCAGGCAGUGAACCUCGAUUUCCCAGAAGUUCUUCUGCGCAUGACGCGACAGAACCUCGAUGAUUGCAGCAUCAAGCGGCCAGAGCCCGAGUUCCAGGAUCUGAACAACAAGGCGCGCUCGCUGAAACUCAUCCUCAGCAAGAUCCCGGACGAGAUGUCAGAUCGCACACAGUUCCUGCAGACCAUCAAGCACACAGCAAGCGCUAUCAGAGAGCUGCUGGACUCGGUCAACCUCGUCUUCCGGAAGUACCCCAACCAGAACAACCGAAGGGCCCUAGAGAACCAGAAGAAGGAGUUUGUUGUUCACUCCAAGAGCUUCAGCGACGCCCUAAAGACAUACUUCAAGGAUGGAAAAAGUGCCAGUGUUCACGAGAGUGCCAGCCGCCUGGUGUAUCAGACCAACGCCAUCCUGGAGACGUUCAAAACCGUGGGCACCAGCUGAGAGAGAGGGCUGGCUCUCCACAUGCACAGACGCACGCACGCUUACGGGUACACACAUCGACAAAGGCACAGACACAUAAAUGGGCACACGUUGCACGGCGGGUACACGUACAGGCAAGUACGGUAACGGACGCAAGAGCACACACCCGCAGCCCUAUGGGCAUAUGACCGCACGUAUCCUGGGAGAAGUACUCAUGGCACACAGGCACAUCGAGAGGCAAAUACACGCACGCCACCUUCGCAAGUUCGCACAUCUACCAACGUAUCCACGUGCUCGGCAUGUACGCUCAUAACAGCUUUGACGUUUGCAUAGCUGACCAACCCCUGUGAAGCAUUGGCGCGCAUGCGCAGCAUUUACGUGCACGUGUGCAUUCGUGAUUGCGUGAGCAUGCAUCCACGAGGGCACGUGCAUGUGUGCACGUGUCAUAGCCAAGCUCUUGUCCCCAGAGGAGUGCAGGAGCUCACUUAGGCCCCGUCGUACACACGUGAUGUCGAGAAUAUCGACAGUGGCCGACGCACUGCAGUCGGGAGCCCAGAUGAUUCACAUUCACGUGUUGUUGUAGCAGCAGUCAUUUCAACGCAGUUCCUCCAAUGGCAAAUGAAUGCACAACCCUAUUUAAGUAAGCCAACACAAGAUUUUAAGCUCGGCAUAGUCGUGGGCAGAGGUUAUCCAUUGGACUGCACUCAAAUUGAUUGGUUCAUGAUUGGAGACCACCCUCUCUUGAUUGGUUGAUGGUAAGAAACUGUUUUCCCUUGGUUGGUCCAAGGUAAAACACUUCCCUCUUGUGAUUGGUCUAUGAUGACAUGCUCACGUUUGAUUGGUCGAUAGAUAACGAACCCAUCCAUGAGCGAGACCCAUGGAUGCAGCCGUUGCACUGUGGCGUUGUUACCCUUACCUCGCCAAAAAAAGGGGUGUUACACUUAAAUCCACACGGCCGUUAUGGUCAUACGCGCACCGCCGCAGUGUAACGGACUUGUCGUGUUUUGCGUUCCAGCUCCGUGCUCCAGUCUGCCGGAGGAGACGGCGUGGGUGUGGGGCAGAGUGGCCACAGUUGUGUGUUAAUGAGUAAGACAAAAACCAGCCAUGAGGAAAUGAGUUGGACUGCACCUGGCCCUCGCCCCUCCCCCACUCAUCUCCACGGCAGUCACCUCUCUGUAAAUACAGUUUUGUUUCAGUCAAGAUGCAAAGGUUUCUCUGGUAUGUAAUGUAGAUAUCGACCACAAUAUAAAGUUGUCCGUUUCUCAUUGUCUGCGUCUUUGUCCCUGUGCUUCCCUUCUUCUACUUCGUCUCAGUCACUGGGUUUCCAAUUCUAAGUAGAGCAAUUUAUUCCACUAAAUACAUUUUGUAAAACCCAUUUCUCCUUUUUGUGCAUCUUAAAUGUAUUUAUAAAUUAAAUGAUUUAAACAUUUGAUCAGUUUUUGAGUUAUCGCAUCUUUUUACGGCUGUAUACUUAUUUUAUCCAUCUUACUAGAUUUUUUAAACCUAGUUUACUCCGAUUUACAGCACUUAUUUGAGCAAAUAGAUAAAUUGGAAACCUAGAGAUUGUCAAUUUGCACCUUUGCCCUUGCUUUCCUUCACCCAGCCACUCUUUACCCUGGCUGUAGUCCUUGGUGCAGCGUGAAUCAGUGAUGUGCUAUUGAUGUGUGAUUACAACUGUAGCGCUGUUCAUUAAAACAGCCGUGCAGCUGUAGCACCUCCGAUUAACACUGUUGGCUACGUACGGUGUGAAAGAAGUUCAAAAUACGUACGUAGCACAGACAGAGCAGGUCAAGCAUUCCAUCUUAAGUGCACUUUCACCAGAAUUAUCUUGAAGACCUCGCUCAAAUAUGUAGGCUCGCUUGUGUGUGUGUGUGCGCAAAGGGAGUGGUGUUGUCGGGAUUGGUGCACUGCUAUGAACCCAGCAACCUGGAAUACAUUUCCUGCUUUUGACAACGUUGGUGGAAAGCGGCAUCUGGCAUUGUUUGGGACCUCCUAUAGGUCAACUCGGUCUUAAAUGUGUAGCUGCGGCGAUGUUUAAAUAGCAGCACUAGCAAUACGAAAGCAGCUGGGCAUGGUGCUACUCUUACCAUGUGUGCUGGUCUCAUUGGGUGCUCACGAACAGCACUUGGCCCAACAGUGUGUGAAGCUAUAUGGGGGAUCUCUGUGUAUAUGUGUGUUUACCUCAGGCCUGGAUGUUAUUUUGUAUACAUUUUACACAAUCUGAGGUGACUGGGUAGCUCAGAGAGGACAGCACAAUGAGCUGGCAUCGCAGAGAUCCUGGAUUUGAAUCCAGGCUGCCGCCCACUGUGGUUCCCCGGGUCCUCGUGUGUCGUGAGUUGAUGGUCUUAACCCAGUCACCAAUGACUGCACACAAAAAACUUCACAUCAAAAUUUGGUUCAGCACUUAAUUUGCAUAAAUCCCAUAUCUGAAAAUUUAAAUAUCGAUUUGACUGUCAUGCAACGAACAUUACUCUUGUAUGGCAGAGCCAGUGGGAAAGAGUGGACCCUGCUGUAUGUGUUGGAGGUCACUUGAAGGGAUCUCAGAGGGCAACUCUCUGAUAAAAAGGGUCGCACUGCUCUGCCAGAGAUCUGGGAGUAUACUCCGUCUCAUGACAUGACACCGAUAACACAAUUGGCAUAACAUUUAAAAAUAAAACAAUUUGAAUUUUGGUUUGCAUUCAAUACAAAUAAUGAAGCACCUGUAGAGUUAAAGCAGUUUUAACCAGUGCUUUCCCAUCCCUUUUAGUAACUUUGUCAGGUAUUUGUUGCGCAUUUGAACUGCUGUUGCUGUUCAUCAGGCAGCUGCAUCUAAGAGUAUGACUUACGGUGUUGUGUACUGUGCUUAAUUGCGUCAUCGCAAAGUCGGCAGGACCUGAAUCAAGUGCACACUUGCAAACACCUUUUAUUGAACGGAAUAACAUUUUAAACCCUACCGCCAAACCAAAACCAUGAACAAUGCUGGUUGUUUUGUGCUAUUAUAGUUCAGAGUACAAAAGGCAAUGUGUCCUGCCUAUGCUCGUCGGUACCACACGCGUGUGAAAUCUCUCCAGGUCUGCAGCCAACGGCUUGGCUGUUGCGUGUUGCUGCUGCUGCUGCUGUUGGUGGCUGGGAGGUGCCUGCCUCAGCCCCUGGUCGAUUUGAGAGAGCGGCGAGAUUCACGCAGAGACGGCGUGUGGCCGUGGAUGCAUCACGCCAUCGUAAAUGGUGGCCCAGCUAUCGAGUGUGCAGACGGUGCAAGUAGCACCAUGGCCCACGGGCCGGUGGGGCCCGGGUGCCGGGCUACAAAGGCAUGAGAAGGCAGACGUGGGGUCCUGUUUGAUGCCUUGCACCAGGGCCCAUGUGAAUUAUGCCACUGGUCCAGAAGGGCAGGGUGGUCUGUUGAGUUGCAAAGCAGUGUCAAAGGUGUGCGUGUUGCAGAAUGAAUCUGAGCACUGUAACUUAUAACUUGCUUCAUGUAAUUAUUAUUAAUAUUUUUUUUUAGUUCUUAAAAAUUAUUCCUGAAAUAUUUCCUGGAAAUAUAUUCUUUGGAAUUCAGAUCGUACUGAUUUUUUUUAGAUCCAAAAAUGAAUGUUGUAAUAGUGUCAUGCAUGUGUAAGCCACGAUCACACAAGCUUUUACGUUUUGGAUUUUAAGUUUUUGUUCAAUAAACCAGAAUUUUAAACAUU